CCGUGACCACGCCCCCUUCACCCAGACUGUAGGAUCCGAGUCACGUCUCCAGCACACAGCAGUGAGGACAACACACACUAGUGCUUUAUACGGUGACGUGACGGAGUGGGGACGCGUGUGAACCUCAGUGAGCGUGUGAACGUGUGAACGUGUGUUUAUGAGGCUCAGAGCCCCAGAGUGUGUUAGUGUGUUUAUAUGCGCCACAGAGUGUGUUAUUCUAUACGGAGCUACAAGUCGGCUGUGUGACGUCAUAACGGUAGAACAGGGGCGUGGCCAAGACUGAUAUGGGCGUGGCCAAAUGACACGAUGGCAGACUGCUGUAGCUUAUUGAAGAUGCUGACUUUCAGUUCAACCCACCAAGAGUGAGGAAUCUCUAAGGUCUGAAGAUUUUUCGACUGUUCCGUUUUUAUAUGUAAAUGAGGAGGAGGGGUGAAAAGUGACCAAUCACAGGAGCACAUUUCAGAUGUCCCACGAUGUCUCUGCGACGUCAUGAUUCUUAGAUCGUUUAGCUUGUACUGUGAUGUCUCACUGACUCCACCCCUUCUCUGACUCGGCCAUGAAGGAGGUGGGGAGCUGGUCGGCAGCAGAGGUUACUGAUUGGCUGGCUGAGGAGGGAAUGCUGGAAUAUUCCGAAGCUCUCAGGGACGUAGACGGCGAGGCUCUUUUGCGACUUUCCGAGUCGGAUUUUCGAAACCCGCCUCUGUGUCUGGUUGCUGGAGACAACGGGAGGCGUCUUCAGGAGCGCCUGGAGACGCUGCACAUCGCCCAACACAUGGGUAACCAUGGAGACAAUCGUCAUGUCAAAGGGCACCUCGGAAACGGGGAGAUUCUCAAUGGGGCGGCGAAGAACGGGUUCCGAUCAGACGCGGUCCGGAUCCAUAUCCCUCGUCCAUCAGAGAGCGAGCGCACAUCGUUUCCCACAGAGUGGUACAAAACGGGCGUGGCCUUUGGGUACGCACUGUGCUGCUUCAUCACCACGUCCAUUGUGAUUUCCAUCGUGCACGAACGAGUGCCAACCAAAGAGGAGUCUCCGCCCCUGCCGGACAAGUUCUUUGAUCUGUUUGAUCGCGUGCAGUGGGCGUUUUCAAUCUGCGAAAUCAACGGUAUGCUCCUCGUCUUCAUCUGGUUCAUACAGUGGAUCCACCUCAAACACAGGUCCAUCGUUGGACGGCGUUUCUUCUUUAUUGUUGGAACACUGUACCUCUACCGAUGUGUUACCAUGUACAUCACCACCUUACCUGUGCCAGGCAUGCACUUUAAAUGUGCACCCAAGUUGUUCGGUGACAGAGAGGCUCAGCUGAGGCGCAUUAUGAAGAUGAUGUUGGGCGGCGGUCUGUCCAUCACGGGCUCUCACUCCCUGUGUGGGGAUUAUCUGUACAGCGGCCACACUGUCAUGUUAACACUAACAUACCUGUUUAUUAAAGAGUAUUCUCCACGGAGGUUCUGGCCCUAUCACUGGGUGUGUCUCGCUCUGAGUGUCAGUGGGAUUUUCUGCAUCCUAUGGGCUCAUGAUCACUACACGGUGGAUGUGGUGGUGGCGUACUUCAUCACCACACGUCUCUUCUGGUGGUACCACACUCUGGCAAAUCAGCAGUGUUUGAAGCAGGAUUCGCAGAUUAACGCGUUCUCUCGUGUCUGGUGGUUUCGUCUCUUCGGCUACUUCGAGCGAAACGUCCAGGGCGUCGUUCCUCGCCACUACCAGAUGCUGUUGCCAUGCCUCCGGUUACCAUGCCGACUGUCUGCAGCAGGAUGGGUGAAAUUUAGCUACACAGACUCGCUCUAAUGUAGGAGAUGGAGUGGAAGUAACAGAGACUCGUUUGCCAUCCGCCUGCAGCCUGGGCUCAACACUGUGAUGUGGAUUUUCCUUCUUUCGGAAUUUCUGUUUUAAACGUUAAACGUCCCUGAGAAGACGACAAAGCGCCAAGAAAACGAUUUUAAUAUAUACAACGCUGCCAAAAUUUCUGAUCUAAAUACAUACAUAUAAAGAUAAAAGAUAAAUUAACCACCAAAUAGUAUCUGAAGAAUUUUUUGGUAUUUUUUUAUAAGUAUAUUGUGAUCAUAUUAAUGGAGAGGUAGGAAACUUUUUCUAACGACUUUGGCAGAUUUAUUUUCCCAAAGUAAACAAAAACAAACUAAAGUGUUGGAUGUUUUUUAGAUUUGUAUUUUUCCUGAAUGCUGGAGCGUCUCACUGGGAUAUGAGAUUUUUUCAGUGCCUUCCUCCUCAGCGAUCCAACAACCCCACAACUUCACACCGCUGGUCAGCUUGAGCUCUGAACGUUUCUUCGUCUCGUCGUGACCAGAUUUGAUUGAAUGUAGGUUAACGGUUAAAGUUCCAAAGAAAUUUUAGGUGUUUCUAAAAGGUUCAGGGUUUUGUUUUUUUUUUCUUUGCUAAUAAUGAAGUAAUAGAGAUGAGUACGGUGGCCUGGAAAUGCAUCACAGAACAAAAACCCAAGUACAUUAACGAUACAGAAAAGGGCCGAGUUUAUGGAACGAUACGCGUUUGUUGUUGAAUGUUGUUUUCAAUUCGUUCUACACCACAAAGCUACUGAAUCCUGCUCUCUGAUUGGUCAGGUGUUGAUUAAUUCUCUCUAACAGCAGCUCUGACCGUAUUGCGGGUUUUUGUUAACGUACUGGCUCCGAUGCCUUAUGGUUUCCUUGGUAACAGCUUGUUCACAGGGACGUUUCCGUAAGGGGAAACGUUUCCAGGUAACAUUCAUAAAAGGAGUCUCCAGCGUCGGCACUUUGUAACAGAGUUAAAGCUGUAGGAGUUUUAGGUGUUUUGAGACUUUUGACGGAUACUAGGUUUAAAUUGGGAAUUUAUUUAAAAGUAUAAAUGCAGAACAUUAUUCUUUAACAUUAAAUUCCGCGAUUAAAUUCCGCAAUUGUUUUGCUUUAAAAUUUCUCCGGGGACACAGUGGCUUAGUGGUUAGCACGUUCGCCUCACACCUCCAGGGUUGGGGGUUCAAUUCCCACCUCCACCUUGUGUAUGUGGAGUUUGCAUGUUCUCCCCGUGCCUCGGGGGUUUCCCCCGGGUACUCCGUUUCCUCCCCUGGUCCAAAGACAUGCAAAGUAGGUUGAUUGGCAUCUCUGGAAAAUUGUCCGUAGUGUGUGUGUGUGUGUGUGUGUGCCCUGUGAUGGGUUGGCACUCCGUCCAGGGUGUAUCCUGCCUCAAUGCCCGAUGGCGCCUGAAGACACAGGCUCCCCGUGACCCGAGAAGUUCGGAUAAGCGGUAGGAAAUGAAUGAAUGAAUGAAUAAAAUUUCUCCGGUAUAAAAUAAGUACAACUCUUCAGUUCGGUCUGUAUCACUCCCAGCAUCCCUGAUUAUUUCCUUGCAGCCACAAAGCCCUUAAGUGUGUUACUCCGUCAGCGUAUCUGAAAUAACAUCAGCGUACGAUGUAAGACUGAUAAAAACGAACACAAAUCCAAACGUAAGUAGGUUUAUAGAUGUUCAUGUCCAGCAGCGAGUAAAAGGAACGCGUGAAGUUCAGUCCCUUUCUGUUUCCUGUUGACGUUUCAGUGUUUCUGUUGGUUUGUGUUUACAGGCCACCGUAGCUGAGCGACAUGACUUUGACAGUGUCGUGUCUCACACUACGUUUUUCAGAGUAUUGUAGCAACUGUUCUAUUUCGUAGCAACGUUCCCUGGAUGGUGUUCAGUUUUAUUUGUAUUCAUUUUAAAUACUAAACCAACAGUUUUAACACUUUUCUAUAGCAGGACACCUAAAAACACAAACCUUAGCUAGCUAAGUAUUACGAUAAAGUCAUGACCAAGUAUCGUGAUGUUUUGUGUCACACCGCUCACUUUUUACUGCCAACUCAAUCUCCCUCAAAACAAGAGACAAACUUCUCUACUAAAAUCUGCACAAAUACGUACAGUACACAACGUUAGACAGAACACAGAACACCGACGUGGUAUAUUAACAACUUUAUUAUUAAAUUUGCACAAUUUCGAUAACGUAGUAUAAAUAAUAAAUCAUAAUAAUAUCACAUGACCAGAAUGUAUUAAAAAAAUAAUCCAAAUUAUGAUUGAAUUCAAAAUACAAGAUGUUUAUGUUUAUGUUCCUAAAGUUAAUUCUAUAGCGAUACGCUGUGUUUCGAUUGGCUGAGAGAAGUACGGCAUGUUUUGAUGUGCCGGAAAAAAGUAUCGUGUGUCCUGAUUGGUCGAGGUUGUUCCAUUAAUAUACCGGUGUGUGUCGAUUAGAGUAUUUUACACACCGGCAUCAUUAUUAUAAUAACGUGAAUGUAAAAAAAAAUCUAAUAUUUAUUAACCGGUUUUAAAGAAAUGAAGCACUUUAUAACAUCUUUAUCCAAAUCGGUGUGUAGUCUCGAUCUUCCGUAAGAGGAGCUCUGUUGCUAGCAUGCGUUGAAUCUAAGCUAAAGUUUAGUUGCUAAUGCAACUCGAAUGUGGUCAGAUGUUUGCCGAUGACAUAAAACAUCUUACUAUUUAACACACAGCUUGUCUACUGUUAUAUUUGAGCCCAAACAGCUGGAGCGAUGUAUGUAGCCAACAGGUUUCAUUUCUGACUUUAACUGAACGUGAUCGUCAUGUUAAACUGUAAACUUUACACCGUAAUAACUACGCGCUAAACGCCCGUUUGUCUUAUUUCUAAAAAAAAUGUUAACUCUUACGUUUCCUUUCAGAAUUUGAUCGUAAAUUUACUGAGAUUUUAAAGUCAUCCAAUGCAUUAAAGCUCAAAAUCAAACUGACUUUUCUCGUGUUAACGUAUUUAAACGCUUAGUGUUCUUUUUUUUUAUGUCUUUAUGUGAAUCAGAGACUCAUGUAAGUAAUUAUUUUUCCUCGUUGUCGACGUUUUCCUGUUUGUGUGUUAAUAAAUGAGUAUAAUAUGAACCACUUAAUGGUGGAGUUUUAAUAAAAUCUUUAAUUCUGUAAUUUGAA